UUGUUUGAGCUCCCACAAUUCAACAGGCAACAAAAGAAGAAAGGAAGAAGCCGCGAGCUUAGCUAGAAAGAGUUAGCUAACCUGGUCAGAAAGAUGUCACCUUUCCGUCUUGUUCUAGUUAUGAAUGUGCUUUGGCGACUGUAAAACAUUCUUAAAUUCCUCCAUGUAAUUGCUUUAUGUCUUACAAUGGACGCUGAAGACGACUAAAGUGAAGCGUCAGAUGAAAGGCAGUUUAAGGAGUCUUUUACCCAUCCAACUGAGUCACCAUUUUCCCCGCACAUAAUGGGUAUGAUGAUUCUGCUGAACGUAUGACUGUUACUGUAUGGCCUGAUGGGAGGAAACUGCAGAUAGUACUUUCAUCAGGAGAGCCAUCCCAUUCCUCUUGUUUGGAGGACUUUCCAGAAUGAAGAAGAUAAGUCUUAAGACUAUCCGAAAGUCCCUCAGCAUAAAGGGCAAAGAGGAGAGCGAGUUCCCCAUGCUCCAACAGCCCUCACAGACAACUGAGUAUUCCAAGGAAGAGUCACUUUUUGGGGGUUGCUACACCAAAGACCUUUCAGGCUGUGAUCUUGGUGGUGAAGAAGACAAAGUUCUUUCAAAUAAGGGACAUGCAAAAUGUCAAAGCCUGAUGGUAUCUCUAAAGAGAAGGCUGUCUGCCAAACAGAAGCCUAAAGUUAAAGGUGGUACUAUAGCCAUAAGCUCAGUGGAUGAUGAUGACACCUUCUCAUCCUCUUCUGUGCCUAUCAGCUUCAAUGAGGUGAAAGCCCAACGACCUCUUAGAUCUGCUUCGCUACGAAGUCAUCAUUAUAGUCCGUCUCCAUGGCCUCUCCGAUCAGUUAAUUCUGAUGACGCUUGUAUCAAGAUGGAAGUUAAAGUUAAAGCCAUGGUUCACUCCCCUAGCCCAAGUCCCAAUUUAAACGGUGUCCGGAAAGAAUUUCACGAUUUCCAGAUGGAGGAGCUCUUUCAGGACCAAACAGAAUCAUUAAAAAACCUUCAGCAGCCACAAAAUGGUGAACUCCAUCUAAAUAUAGAUGAAAAUGACAUGCCUGUGGUGCUGGGACUAACACCUCAGGACUACAUUCAUUACACAAUGCCUUUAGAUGAGGGAAUGUACCCAGAAGGGUCCCACUCUUUCUGUCUUGAAAACUCCUCUCCUAUGGAGGUGGUGACUGGAGCAGACAGUGGUUCAGUCCUCACAGACCAGGGACAGGAGGAACACGAAUUAGUUACCGGAAUGCCUCCAGAUCUCUUCAUGGACACUUCAGUGAAUAGUCUUCUCAUCGGUUCUGCUGGUGUGAUGCUGCAUAGCUCUCGAGCAGAGGUCCCACCUCCCCUCUCUCCACUCCUGUCGCCCAUUGCCAGCAGUGGGCUUAUCCCCCGGACGUUUUCAGGAUUCAGCUCUUCAGACAGCCAGGUUGCUGAGAGGGUAAGACACCACCUGAACUUUGAUCCAAAUUCAGCUCCUGGUGUCAGCCGGGUUUAUGAUUCAGUUCAGAGCAGUGGGCCAAUGGUUGUGACCAGCUUGACUGAGGAGCUGAAGAAGUUGGCAAGGCAGGGCUGGUAUUGGGGCCCCAUUACACGGUGGGAGGCAGAAGAAAAGUUAGUCAACUUGGCAGAUGGCUCCUUUCUUGUCCGGGAUAGCUCAGAUGACAGGUACCUGCUCAGCCUGAGUUUCAGGUCUCAGAGCAAAACUCUGCACACGCGCAUUGAACACUCCAAUGGUCGCUUCAGCUUCUAUGAGCAGCCAGACGUGGAGGGACACACAUCCAUUGUUGACUUAAUUGAACACUCUAUCAAAGACUCUGAGAACGGAGCGUUUUGUUAUUCCAGAUCUCGCAUACCUGGAUCUGCAACCUAUCCUGUCAGACUAACCAACCCAGUGUCUCGGUUUAUGCAAGUGCGCUCCCUGCAGUAUCUCUGUCGCUUUGUCAUUAGACAGUACACCAGGAUAGACCUGAUUCAGAAACUGCCUUUGCCUAACAAGAUGAAAGAUUAUCUGCAGGAGAAGCACUACUGAUGACACUAAGACCAGACAGUGGCAGCAAUUUGCACUUUUGUGUUCAGUUAAGAGAUUUCAGUAAGGUUUACACACAACCACCAUUUUAAGGUGACUAGGUUUUGGUGGUUCUUGAUUUGUGUCCAUGUGAGUGUCAUGGUUUAGUUCUCCAUUCCACUGUUCUGGGUUGUUUAAGCUUUUGAUCUUUUCUGGGAGCUUCAGCCUCCAGAACACUGAAACAUUUUAUGGCUGAAAUGUGAGGGUUAAGUUGGCUCAAAAAUUCUUACACUACGCACACAUGUAUUCUGCUGUGCAAGUAGAUUUAUAUACUAAAAGGUUCCUCUGUUUCUUAGAAGAAGAAAAAAUCACAUCAUUGAAGUUGAAAUCAGUUAUUACAUGAGUGAACAAGCCAUUGUUUCAGUUUGGCCCUGCAAAUUUUUAAACUCUGCAGAUUGAUUAGAUGAAUCAUUUUUGGCUUUUCUCAGUUGUCAGGUCACACAACUUUAUCUUUCUGAACUUGAUCAGGUGAAAAAGGAAAACUAUCCACUGUGUCAUCGGUCCAGUUCCAAACAUGCAUCAUUUAGCACAUGGAGAGGCAGCCUACCAGGUUGAAACUGUUGUACCUGUUGCCCAGGUGAUUUCUCAUUGCAGAUAAUCAUAAUCAGCUUUUUAUAGAGUCACAAAGGGAACUGCUUAUCCACUGGAUGGUGGUGUGUUGCAUCUUUUGACAAUGUGAAGGUAUUUUUCACAUGACCAAUCCAUUUACGCUUCAGUGUGUAGCACCACUGCAUAAUCACAUGUUCCCUACAUGUUGCGUCCAGCUGCACUGAUACAAAACAUGAUGAUGAAAACCUCUGGCAGGAAAAGAUUACUAAAACCUUCUCGUCUGUCAUACGUUGGAAACACUUGUCAAAGAAAUAGCUUUAAAUGUUAUGGGUGCAUGUAGCCAUUUUAUAAUGUCCACACCUGAACAUACUGAUGCUGGUUUUUCAUGUGCUGUUUUUAGAUUAUAAACGGCACUAAAAUGGUUUCAUGAUAGUUGAAUUUUUCUGUAUUAGGAAUGUUUAAAAACUGCGUUAACGCCUAACAACUUUGACUACUUGAAAUGCUUGUAUCUGCAUGUAGUUCACUCAAAUUAGGGCACAGUAGACUUUAGCUAAAUGGAAAAAUGUCAUAGCAAGAGGUCGCGAUGUUUAUUUAAAUGCUAUUCAGUAAGAUGAUAAAUUCACAGUUGUUCAUGCAGCUAAUAAAAACCGGCCACAAUUAGAGUAUUUUAAAACAGGCCUCAAUUGUCAAAAUCAGUCGACAUUUUCAUAGGUAUAGCUUGUAUCUUGAAGUUAGUAGUAGGACCAAAGGUAUCAC